UUUUAUCUAAUACUUCUGGUUUUUACGUAAAAAAAGAUCAUUCAAAAAUGUACGGAGCUUUGAACCAGUCACUUACAUGUGAAGGAAACACGCAGGUGAUCACAGGCGGAGAUGUUUUAAGAUGUAUUAUCAUCAUAAUCAUUAUGUUGCUGAUCAUAGUCGGGAAUGUUUGCUGCCUUGUCGUGUUCAACAGUCCAAAGACGAUGAAGCGAGUUAGAUACAUGAUGAACUCACUGUGUUGCACGGACUUGAGCAUGGGGCUGCUAAUGUGUCCAUCAACAAUCUAUUCAGCUCUCAAACAUUGCUGGCCCUUCGGAGUUUUUAUGUGUAAAUUUGAAGCUCUUCUUAUCUCAGCUUUGUUUCACGAAUCAACAUUAAAUAUGGUGUUAAUAGCUAUCGAUCGUUGCUGUAUCAUACAUUGUUCAAGAUACAACAACAUUAUGACAUCAAAAAGGUUUUUGUUUGUCAUCAUAGGAACCUGGGUGACAGUAUUCACCUGUUAUGCUGUUGUUAUUUUUGGAACAGAUCAAUUUUACUACGACAACAUCGGAAUAAACUGCGAGCCGUUUUAUCUAGAGCCGAAAAUUACCGUUCUUAGUAUAUUUUAUUUUGUACCAGCAGUUAUAUUUGUUGUCUGUUAUGGUUCGAUAUACAGGACUGCCACACAGAGAAAGGUUUUGACUGUUUCUCCUGACGAUAAGCAUGGUAAAAUGGUAAACGCUAACAUACGGACAUCGAAAUACCUUGCAGCUAUCACGGGUGGAUUCUUCGUUGCUGUCUCACCAUGGACUCUUUGUACGCUCAUUAUCGUUGCCGCUAAAGAAACGCUUCCGGAUGAAGCCGAUUUCUUUGUCACGUGGUUAGCUCUUAGCAACAGUUUCUGGAACUGCCUGAUAUAUGGAUUAAUGAACAGAAAAUUUCGCCGCGCAGCAUUGAAAUUAGCAUGUGGAAAGUGGAUUAAAUCUAUCAAGGAGUCCGUGUACGUAAAAUCGCACGAUGAAAGCAGGGACUUUAGUGAAGAUUCUACGGCAUAUGCUAAUUACAAAACGUAGAAUAAGUAACAAGAAGAAGGCCAUGAGUAGAAAUGGCGAUGAGAACAUGUCAAUUACAGUAACAUGAAGCAUGUCUGCCACAAAUACACCAAACCAUUCUCCUGCAACUAUUCCAAAAAUAGCACAUACUAGAGCACAACAUAAACAAGUAACAGACCUGAUUCAAGAAACUAAAGGACUGUGAGAUUAUUUACAAUUACUUGUGUUAUCUGGUCUCAUUAAGCGCAGGAACACUCCACACAAUGAUGAUUUCUCAUUCAUUUUCCAAACGAUAUAAGGACUAUUUCCGGACUGAAUUAGUACAAACGUUAUUUGAUUUUGAUGUUGAAGUUUUAAUAACUAUAUGAUGAUAAGUGUUAAUUGAUAUUGAUUUGUCAUACAUGUAUAACACUUACUCAUUAAAAUGUUUCAUUGCUAUAUUUAUUGUAUUCAAUGUAAAUUUGAACUUUGCAUCUUUAAAAGGUUUUGGACUGACUAAGAUAUGUGUCUAACUUAAGUAUUGGUAGAAAUUCAAACAUAUCAAUAUGUUAAUAUAUUUUGGAACUGAUAAUAAUUUUGUCAUUUUCAAUGCAAAUGAAAUGCAUUUUCCGAGAACGGAAUUUCAAAUUAGUGCACAAAGAAAUGAUGUUAGGAUAUUGACAAUACAAGUAUAUGGCAUCUGUUAUUGCAUUUUUACAUAUUUGUAAAUGACCAAACAUUAAUUCACUAAUUAAUGUCGACAUGAGAAAAGAUCUGAAACUUAAAUGAUUAAUGAAGUUUUCAAUAGGAAGUAUGAAUGGAUUCCUUUCCUUUGUGGAAGUAUUUACUUUUGUGCACUUAUUUCACAAUAUGCAUUUACUUUAUUUGAAGAUUGAUAUUAUCAUUGUACAUUUUGCCGUUUAUGAAACACUCUUAUAUGACAUGAAUGUAAACACUAUUUCAAUGAAACAUUUUAUCAUAACUAUGACUCAUAUCAGUAACAAUUCUUAAUACAAUGUAAAAAGUUUUGUAUUGCUGUUUAUGAUUCACAGUGCACUUUGCUUCCGUUUGUUUUAUAUGUAAAUUAUUUUAUACGUUACAUGCACAAAUGCACAUAUGUAUGGCACUAUUUCAUCGUUUAGUCAUUUUUUUCUGUAAUAUUUGAUUUCUUUUUUUUAAAUUUUGACUUGGUUUAUUCAUGUAAAGUAUAGUACAUAUUCGAAAUCAAUUUUAAAAAAAUUGAUUGCAUUCCUUUCUUUGUCAAAGCUUAUGAAUUUUGUAUUACAAAGAUUUAUAAAUAAUAAUUUUGGCAUGUAAUCGUGAAAGCAAAGUUGUUGAAAAUGCAAAGUUCUUAAAUAAAACUUACAAGUUAUUGCUUCCACCAUUUUUUGUGUCUUACGAAACUGUUUACUUCGUUACAGAAAGAAGCAAAUGUAUGUAACUCGCGACCUCCCGCUUAGAAACGAAAGUCACAACGAUUUAGAGCACUGAGCCAAUUAAGCACAGAAUCGACUUCCUGACGCAGUUGUCAGAGGUGGUACUUACAGUUUGACGGUUGCUGUGCCGUCAUCAGUAACAUUUUCAGUGUUUUUUUUUAAAUUUCUAUGUGUUACAUAGUUUACGAUCAUUGCAAUGAUACAAAAAUGUAUAUGAAUUGUAUUAUUUAUGUAAAAUAUGUGCUUUGACCAUGUUUAGUUUUUGUAUAUGCCCAGUGACAUUGUUGGAAAUUCCGAUUUGCCCAUUAAUAAAAUGGAAUAUACAAAUAUCUUAAAUUCAAUAUAUUUAAUUAAUCAAAUAAAACUAUUGUUUAAGGAUUAUACAAAUCAAAUAAAUGACAGAUACAUUUUUUAAAACAUCUAAAAAAAUAUUUUUAGAUAUUUCAAAACAAGAAAGAAAUAGAGACUUGUACAGAGAAUAUCAUCAUACAAAAUACAUUAAUAAUAACUAUGUAAUUAUAUAUAUCCUGUCACAAAAUCUUAAAGGAAAUGACCGUUCAAUAUAUGUACAGGUUCAGUGUGGUGUUAUGUGUGUAACCGGAAGGUAUGUCGAAGACGCGCCAAAUCAAAGACUGUUUAUUAUGCAAAUUUGGAUAAACUUAAGAUGAAACUCAUUUUUUAAUUGUGUGCUCGGUAUGUACCGAUAUAACAUCAAUGACAUGUAAUGUCGUUGCUACAAACGAUGUACAUAACAACAUUACUUCUUUUAAAAAUCAUCAGAACAAAGAUCUUUCCUUUUUAGCUAAACAUAUAUGCUAUGGAGAAAUUUGCUUUAUAAAAGGUAAUCGACAUAUAACCUGCCAAUAGUAAAACAUGAAAAAUUGACUGUAAUGUGAUUCUGAAACAGCAACUUUGAUCUAAUUUAAAUGUUCCGUUUUUUGCACUUUGUGCAUUUAUGAUAAAGUGGCAAUUGGUCGGUUGAUUAAUGUUAUAUACAUUUUAUUUCCACUUUUGACAGAUAUAUACAAAUUACAGAUAAACAAAUUAUGAAUGCAAAUUACAGAUAAACAAUAUAAGUAUUAUCAAUGAAUUAUCAAUUACAUAACAAGAUGAACAUAAGUGACAUAGGCACAAAAUGCAUCCAUUUGAAAUACUCACUUAAAGAUAUUAACAUAUUAUCGUUACGAAGUUCAUUUCGAUCGAUCAUCACGACACCACGUUAAUAUUUGUUGGCAGUUAUUAUCUCUAUUCUGAUUUAUAAAAAUAUCUAUAAUACUUGAUGUUUACGCCAGUUUUCCCAUUUGUAAUCCCUUAUUUAAUGCUACAUAAUUCACAAAACUUGUGCCAUGCCUUGUGUUUCAUCCAUUAUUAGUUGGUACUGAUUAUAAUUCCAAAUGGAGACAAUGUGAUGUCAUCAAAUAGACACAUGACCUAUCUGGGUACUCAGUGACGUCAUUAUAUGAAGUCACGUUACUGUUUCAAUGGUCAUGUGACCUUUUCCUAUAAAUACCCCAGAUUUUCCCUUGAACUUUGUCAAUUGUAUUGUCCGUUUUACAGACGCAACCUCUAUGCAUAAUGUCUUAUAGAAAAUAUCCAUCUGGAGAGGUAGUACCCAGAAUCAUUUAAUAAAUAUGUUUAGAUAUAUUGAAAUAACUAUAAUAAACGUAUAAAUUACAAGCAUUUAUAAACUUGUACAGAACAUUUAGCUAUGUUACUAAGGUAAACAAACCCAACUGGAGUGGUUUCCGGAUAUGUACCCAUUUUGACUACAUGUAUUAGUAUUAUGACUGUUGACUGUGUAUACAUGAAUGAAUAUAUUGAU